UUCAUUGGUUUAUAUAAACAGACACCCAGUCAACCUCAUUCUUUAUUCACUGGUUUACCAGUAAGUUCCAUCCUUAAACGUGGAACCUUCUUCUUCUGUUAUUCUUCUUCUUCAUCUUCAUCAUCAUCUUCUUCUUCUUCUAUGGACGAAGCUAAUGGAGCAAGAGAGAUUCACGACUUCAUGAAAGUGAGCGUAGAAUCAUUCUCUCAGCUUCCUUUCAUCCGCCCAUCUCCGCCCAGAGAAAAAGCCCCGAUUCGUCUCUUCGGAAAAGACUUCGCCGCCGGAGAUAUCCCUCAAGAUUCCGAAUCUUCCGACAACAACAACAGCGACAGCAACAAGAACAGCGAAACCAAAGAGGAGAACCAUAACAAAGACAACGACAACAGCAACAGCAGCAGCAGCAGGAGGAGGAGGUUCGAGUGUAACUACUGCUACAAAAACUUCCCCACUUCCCAAGCCCUAGGCGGCCAUCAGAACGCCCACAAACGCGAACGCCAAAACGCCAAACGCGGUUCCACCCCCCCCCCCCAGCCCCACCCAACGCAUUAUUACGGCUUCCACCACCGCAACUACCUCGGCGUCGCAGCCCCCGCGGCCGUUAGGUUCUACGGCGGUCAAACGUCACCGUUUUACGCUCCUCACCCGGCCAUUAACGGGAGUCCUUUAGGGCUAUGGCCAUCUUCAAACGCGGUUCACGGCGUUUACACUUCUGUGACUGCGUUUGGCGCUCCUGACUCAUGGUCUGCCCACUCGACGUUUGCAAACGCGGCGGCUCCUUCCCCGCAGCCGAGCCGGACGUAUUGGCAUGGCUUGAACAAGAACGUGCAAGAUCAUGUGAGUCUCGAUCUCCAUCUCUAACGUCAGAGUAGUAUAUGUAUAUUAUUACAUCGAAGAAGAGGGCGACGAGAACUGAGAAUUCAAGUUCUUGAAUCUUGAAUCAUGAAUAAUAUCCAUUUUAUCAC